CCAGACUGUACUAUAAGGCAGGUAAAGAGACAGGUGCACAAACGUGACAGUCUCCGCUCCUUACACAGCUCCUGCAGGGAGGACUAUUCUUCCCAGAGAUCUCACCAUGGGGAAUGAAGUGAGUAGCUCAGAAGUUGAAGAGGAACAAGAGGAAUCCAUAAAAGAAAGUAAUCUUGAGUUUGCUGGUGAGGUGCAGAAUGGACCCGUCAUCCUACAGAGUUCACCGGCAUUAAACUCUGCUCCCGGAGUGAACCACGUGAGCUCCAAACAAGUGGUCCAACAAGAAAACGUGAUAGCUUCCUCCCAGAAAACCAUAGUCGUAAGUCCUAUCUCCAAUGGAUCUGUCACCAACCCACCUCCUCCAGCUGCCAAGUCUAAAUUCAGACUAACCAUCUCACGCCCUUCUCCUGGACGUACAAGUUUUCAGCCCAAUGGUCAAGGAGAUGUUGGUCCUGUGAAACCAGAGAUAACUCUACAAGAGUCACCUGUAGUGCAAACCCAACUGAUGACACCCAUAGGUCCUGACAGCAUGACAGUGAAGGAGAAUUUUGGUGGUGUUCAAAAUCAGGCUCCUCCCUCUGUGCUGACAGCAGAAGAGGCCUCCUCAUCAUCAACAAAUUCCACAGAAGAAGAAAUGGCCUCCACAAAACCCCAAGAAGUCAGCAUUUUCCACAAGAUAUUCAAACCAGAGAAGAAGAUGCAGUCAACUUUGCCACCUGUGGUGACGAUAAAUCAACCAAUGGUCAUCACUGUAGACCAAAAUACAGUGUUACAGGGUUCUCCACCAAGCAAUGGUCUCCAGUCACAGAGCGUAGAAGACGACGACCAGUCAGCCAGUGCAGAGGAGCAGAGCAUAGACAGCCAAGAGAGUGCAUCUGAAGCAACACCUGCGGAGCUGCACCCAGUCAUGAGCUUCUUCAAGACACUGGUCACACCCAACAAGUCUGUUCUGAAAUCUGAAGAAGACGUAAAGACCGAAGGGGAGGUCAAGAAAAAAGAAAAUGGAGGUUUCAGGAAAUCAUCUUCAAAAAAGGAAAAACACAAGAGUACCGUGCACCAAACCUCCGAUACGGAGGCCAAAACCCUGAAGAAGUCGGAGAGUCCCAAGUCUGGGACACUUAGCAGAUUGUUUAAGCAGAAGUCAAAAAAAGAGGAGCAGAAUACAAGCGGCAGCAAAGAUGUGCUAGAAAAGUCUGUUGUGUCUGUGUCUGUAAACUCAGAGAAGUCGCCCCCAGAACAGGUAUUAAUUCAGGACCCCAAAUCCUCUGAUGUCCCAACACAGAUCACAGCCUCAGAAGAGGAAGGCAAAGCUGCUAAAGUGUCCACAGCCCCCCGACCCAAGCUAUUCUGGAGGAAGUCUUUUAAGGGAGAACCACAACCAAAUAAACCCCAGCAGAAUGGUGUGGAGGAGCAAUCUGUGUCUGUAGCCUCAACCCCAGAGCAGAUUUCAGUCCAGGACACUAAAUCUCCAGACUCAAAUGUCCAACCCACUGAGAACGAGAAACCCAUGGUGGAGCCAUCUUCUCGCUCUGUUCCUUUCUGGAGGAAGUCUUUUAAAGGAGAUCCCCAGCCUCGUAUAAAUCAAGACAAUGAUAAGGUUGUGGUAGAGCAGCCUGUUGUGUCUGUAUCUGUAAAUUCGGAGAAGUCACCCCCAGAACAGGUUCUCACACCAGACACUAAACCUUUAGACACACCCGAACCAGAGAGUGAAAAACCUCAAAAAGAAGCUGCUGCUCGCCCGGUGCCAUUCUGGAGGAAGUCUUUUAAAGCAGAUCCACCGCCACAAAAAGUCCCUGAGAAUGUUGUCGUAGAGCAGCCUGUUGUGUAUGUAUCUGUAAACUCAGAGAAGUCGCUCCCAGAACAAGUUCUCACCCCAGAUGCAAAACCUUUAGACUUUGACCCUCAACAACCACAGAGCGGAACACCCCAAAAAGAAACCACUGCCCGCCCGCUGCCGUUCUGGAGGAAGUCUUUUAAAGGAGACUCACAAACCCCUAAAGUCCAAGAGAAUUCCUUACCAGAGGAACCACAGACCGUUCAACUAACCCCGGCUAGUUCAUCAGAACCAGAACCACAGAGCAGCAAGUCCAACACUGGAGACAAAGGAGCCACUCCGGGGAUCAAAUCUCCAGAGAACAAGAGACCAGAAGAUGCAAAGUCUACCAAACCUAAAAUCAUGAUGUUCUUCAAACAGCUGUCAGUGUUGGGUGAUGGAAGUAAUAUCAGCCCAGAGGAAAGUAACAAGAAAAACAACCAGGAGCCUACUCUGGACAUCACAGAUGGAGUGGAGGUCAGUAAGAACGAGAAGACAGUGGUCACUGCUGUCGUAGAACCUCCUCCACCACCACCACCACCACAGAAGGGAAAAGACAACAUAAAGGAGAAGAAAGCUUCAGCAGAGAAACUGAACAAGCAGGAGAGCCGAGAGAGUGCCGAGAUUGCUGCUUCUGCACAGUUCCAUUCUCCAGACCCAGUGCAAGUGGAUAAUGCAGUGGGGGCAUUUAAAGAGGGCCAGCUGAAGAGGACAGAGAAGAGGCAGUCCCUGGGCAGCUUCUUCAAAGCCAUUGGCCCAAAGCGAAUGUCGGACGCCGAGGUGCAGACAGACCCAGUCACCAUCCUACCUGGAGAGAAAACGAAAUGACUAUUUGUAAAACUGAGAGAGAGCUGGCUGUGGCGGGGAUGAUGGCGGACAUCGCUAAUGUAUAUUUCAGCUGUAAUCUGUACAGAGUUAUUUCAGUACAUUCCUUAGUGACAUGAUGGGGGGGAUGCCAGUUUAUGACAGACCUCCUGGGUUUUAUAUAUUAUUCUUGUCUGUCUGGGCUGAAGCCGGUUUAUCAUUUCCCUAUGGUUUCUUAGUAUCGUAGCAAAAAGUAAUAAACUUACAGGAGGCAAGAGAAAGUGUGGAUGCAGUGACCCCCAGUGAACGAUACAGGAUCGCAACACAGUAGGCUGAAACAAGAGCUUGCAAUCACCCAUGCACCAUCAGGGGGAAUAUAACAAAACACAAAAUGUAAACUAUGUAACAGGAUGAUGCAAAAAUGGCAACUAUUUAGGAGAACAAUUUAAAGGGGAAUUCCACCUAAAUGUAUAAUCACGUCAGCAGAUGCCAAAAGAAAGGGUCACCAAGCUAGGACCUUCACCACUUCCCAAACGUGGCCAACCCCCAUGAGCACUGGCUGGAGACGUCCACAAUGUGGAAUCCAAAAUACAGCAAUUGCAAUAUGUUGUGCCUGAGAGAAGGAAACUGCUAAGCAGCUUUGGUUUACUGUAAGUCGCCAUUAUUUCUCUGUUGGAGAUUCCAUGUGAAAUCUCUAAGCAGUGCCAAAGGUUAAAUCCUGUUACAGAACAUUACAUUGAGGGGUCCAAGGCAAAACCAUAGACCAAGCUCUUCUCUCAUGACCUAUCAUAACGUACAUUCCACUUUAAGUGAGAGCCAUUCAACAGAACAGAGACACAAAGAUGAUCGUUUGCACUUAUAGAUGCUGAGGCUUUAACCCUUCCACCUCUUCAUCCAUUAGCACUGUCAGCCAAUCCCGAAGAUUGUGCACGUUAUCCUGGGGUCAUUCAUGAAAGGAACAGAAUGUUGAGAGUUAUACUGAUGCUAUAAUGUCAGGACAAUAUUAAAUAUAUAAAACAUGAUUCUUUUUAAGCUUGGCAUGAUAGGUCGCUAAAAAAAAUGGCACUAGGGGGCGACAUUGCCACACGUAAUCACUGUAAGGUAACUUACACCACUGAUGGUCACGUCUAAUGUGAGCUGCAGUUGUUUGAUUUGCUAAUAAGCACUAACAAGUCUGGAUCUGAUAAUCACCUGCCGGUGACAUCACUAGCUAUAACGUUAAAUGUAUGGCUUCUCAUGUGCCUUGUUUCUUCUUCAUGUAAUAUUUGCUCCCUGGUUCUUUCCAUGGUCUUCAGUAAUAAAGUUUUCUUUGUACAGGAAUGAAUAAA